AUGCAGCUAUAUCUCGCAGUAGUUGUACUCUUAUUCUUCAUUCAUCAUGUAUCAUUGAUACCCAUUGGAACAGAAGCUGAAGCACUUGAGUAUUUAACUCAACUUGGUUAUAACAAAUGUCAGUCCCAAUCGAAAGUAUUAUGUAGUAUUAAUUUUUCGUCAAUUCUUCGUGAUUACCAACAGACAUUUGGUCUAGAAAAAACUGGUAAACUUGAUGAGCCAACCAUAGAAUUAUUGAAUACACCAAGAUGUGGCAAUGCAGAUAGACCUCUAUCAUCAUCAGUGUUAGCGUUAACCAAAUCUAAAUGGAGCAAAACCCGUUUGAGAUGGGCAUUACGCAAUUCCUCAUCACGAAUUUCUCAUGCACAAUCACUCAAUAUUAUACGAGAUGCAUUUGAACAUUGGAUAAAACAUACACCAUUAAAUAUAGAACAAGUUUGUCCAACAUGUGAGGCUGAUAUUGUCUUUAAUUUUGUUCCAGUAGAUGGUCCAAGUGGAACGUUGGCUUAUGCAUAUUUUCCAGAAGAUGGACGAGUUCAUUUUGAUUCAGCUGAAAAUUGGAUUGAAAGGUUCGAUCAUGAUGGUACAAAUUUAUUUCUUGUUGCUGUACAUGAAAUUGGUCAUGCACUCGGCUUAAAGCAUAAUACAAAAGACAAACAAUCAAUUAUGUAUCCAACGUAUCAAUUAAUGCCAAAAGGUGAUAUUCUACCGAAUACUGAUCGAAAAUGGAUUACCGAUAAAUAUGGAGAUCCUGAUUUGAUCGACGAAAUUCAAAUAGAUACUUUAUCUAAGGUAGAAGAAGACCGUCAGAAUGCUCAACCAUCUUUGGCAGAAGUUAGAAGUGCAUUGAGUCAAAUGAAAUCGAGGAAAGCUCCAGGAAGCGACGCAGUAACUGCUGAUUUCUUGAAAGCUGGUGGUGAACCAGCCAUCAAAUGGUUACAUGCCAUCUUCAUUGAUAUUUGGAAAAACGAAGAAAUGGUGGAGGAGACAGUAGCACUCAAGUCCAGAGCCAACGGGAAAUUCGUAGCGGCAGAACAUUAUGGUUCUCUUCCAUUAAUCGCACGUUCGGACGCGGUGAGCGAAUGGGAAAAAUUCGAAAUCGUUCCGGUGGAUGAAAAUCUCAGCCUUAUUGCGUUGAGAGCCGUCGUCAACAAGAUGUAUGUGGCAGCCGAGAGUGGUGGUGCCAGCCCGUUGAUUGCCAAUCGACAUCAAAUCAGCACAUGGGAAACAUUUCAAGUGGUGAAAUUGGCUGACGGUACUCAAGCACUCAAAUCAAUGGCCAAUAAUCGCUUCGUCUGUGCGGACAACAAUGGAAAUAGUCCUCUCAUCGCCAAUCGGGAUUCAGUAAGCGCAUGGGAAGCAUUCGAGAUUAUUCCACAAUAG